AUGCCGUCCAAGACUCUGACCGUCGCUGUACUCCUCUCCCUCCUCUCGCCCCUUGUGGCCGGCCACGCCGCCAUCACUGCCGCGACCGGCGAUGCAGGUGGCCAAGGAAUGGCGCUGGGCAUUGACAGCGCAACUCCUCGUGACGGUACCCGCCGGAACCCAUUCCAGCAGGAUGCCACACGCUUCAAGGGCGCCGCUGCCGAUACGGUGGGCGAGACGCUCGCCGGAGGGGACAAUGACGUCGAGGCCGGGACGACUGCCAUCAUGGGAGAGACGGGCGAGGCGUUGCCACAGGUCACCCAGGGUGGUGCGGUCCAGAUGACGCUCCACCAAGUGAAUGGCGACGGCGGCGGACCUUACAGCUGUGCCAUCAAUAAUGACGCUACCGCGGCGACAUGGUCAACUAUUAAAGUCACAGACAUGCCGCCAGGGGAGAAUUCUCGUAGCCGAGACACCCAGACAACCGACCAGGCCUUGACCGCGGCGAUCCCGGCCAACCAGGCCUGCACGGGCAGCGUGGCCGGCCAGGACAAUGUCUGUCUCGUGCGGUGCAUGAACGACGCCAAUGCUGGCCCAUUCGGCGGCGUCGUUCCCGUCCAGAUGGUCGCAGCCGCGACGGCUGGCAACGCCACUGCUGGAGCUGCCACACCGGCAGCCGCCAAGGCCGAGGCGAGGCGCAGCUUCGCCAGAUACGUUGCCUCCAGGGAGAAGGAGCUCCAAAAGCUUAAGAAGCGGACGUACUGA